ACGCCAGCUCUGUCCGUCAUUGAUUUAAGAUGGAAUUUUAUCGCUGAAUGUUUGAACUCUCGAUAAAGAAUCCUGACAAUUUUCCAAAAUGGCCGUCUCAUCUGAUCCAGCUUGGGAUAAGAUCCUGGUCCUUGCGGGAAAACUCCUGGACGAUGGACCGCUCAAGGUCAUUCCGUCCACUCGGCGCAUCCGAGUGCAUUACAACAACACAUUAGUAUUCGACACCAUUCGUGCUCUGCAGGUGUGGGAGCAUGAGAACUAUCCAUACUACUAUGUCCCGCGGGAGGACAUCAUCAAGAGACCAACGAAACUGGUCCUGGAAAAGAGCCAGGGGAUCAAGGAUUCCUCGGGGGAUUUAGGAGCGUUUCGGGGGACCUUGUCGGUGACGGAAGGAGAUGUCAAGAAGGUCACGAACCAUGCUGUCAUCUUCACUAUGAGGAAUAUGCUGGAAGGAGGGAAGCUGGACUAUGUUCGGUUGCCGUUCAACGAGAUGGAGAAAUGGUACGAAGAAGAUCUCCCCAUUUAUAUUCAUCCCAAAGACCCUUUCAAGCGUGUGGAUCUCCUCCCAUCCACACGGAAAAUCGAGGUCCGAUACCACGGCACCCUCCUUGCCUCGACCAACUAUUCCGUCCAUGUAUUAGAGACCUCCCUUCCCACCCGCUACUACCUCCCACUUCACAGCCUCACCUCGACCACCACCCUCAGACCCAGCACUCUCGUGACUGGGUGCCCGUAUAAAGGUGAGGCUUCCUGGUACCAUGUAGUUGCUACGGCACCCCCUGGCGAAGAACUGGAGUUCGAAAUCGGGAGAAGAGGAUGGGAGAAAAAGGAUUUCGUUUGGUCGUAUAAGCGUCCGACCCUCGAGAGCACUGCGAUUGCGGGGAUGAUUUGCUUCUUCAACGAGAAGGUGGAUAUAUUUAUCAACGGUGUGAGAGAGCAGCAGCCGAUUACAAAAUUUUCAUGAACGCGGACUGGGGUUGGCGAGAAGGGAUUUAUGACUCUAAUGGGCUUCUGUAUUUCUGAAAAUUGAUGCCGAGAAGGGCGCUCUAAAUGGACUUUGUACCAAAGGGAAAGAAACUUGAAUAUGCAA